AUUUAAUCUUCAAUGUAAUCUUACAAUAAAUAAAAUGAAAAGGGAAAUAAAAGCGCUUAUAAUAAAAGUUUCUGGAUAUCGAAUGUUGUUCUCGUUACUUCUUAUUAUUUCAUUAUUAAUCGAAAUGUAUUUUACCUAUUAUUAUCAUAUUUGUCGCGCUUAUCUUACAUUUUAUAUUAGUCAAUAAAAUUCAUAUUUCUCGUCUAAGGUCCUUCUGGACCACAAAUGAGGGUUUGAGAAAGAGAGUGAAGAGAGCGAUAUCGUAGACUCCAAAAGGAUAGAAAAGGAAUGCACCACUGCGUUUGAGAAGGGACACCUCAAUAGGGAUUGGGACCAACACACUU